AUUUCAUUUCAUUUCAUUCUUCAAACCCCCCUUAAUUCUCUCACACCAAAACCUCAUUUCUUCCCUAAUUUUCUCUCUCCUAAAAAAAAAACUUCACCAAACUUCAUCCAUGGAAGAUCCACUUACUUACGACUCAAACCCUAAUUCUCUCCCCAUUCCUCCUCUCGACGAAGCUCAUCUUCUCUCCGCCGAUUUCUUCUCCGUCGCCGGAGAAAACAACGACGUCGUCGUCGACGACUUCUCUUUCGGUGUUGACUUUGACUUUAGCUUCGACGAUCUCACUUUCGCCGACGAUUUACUAUUAGAACCACCGUUAGAACCACCGGAGAAUCCGACGUCGGAUGAUUUUUCAGUUGUUUCGGAGAUUCGUAAUUCCGGCGAUUCCGAGGUUGAUCGAAACCCUAACCCUAGGGUUUACGAGUGUUCUUCACCGGAGGAGGCUAAUCAAGGUCCGAUUUCAUCGGAGGAGUCUAAUUUUGGGGCGAAAUUGAGUUGUCCUUCGUCUGAUUCAGGUAAUUCUAGUGAUCGUGAUGUUUCGUCGAGUUCUUUUGUUCGUAAUAGUGAGGAUUUGAAUUUGUCUCAGGUUAAGAUGGAAAAAACAAUAGUUAGGAAGAGUAGUAGUAAUAAUGAUAAUAAAUGUGUUAUGUCAAAGAGGAAGAAAGAACACGAAAAUGAAUUAGUUGAAGGAGAGAGUAGAGUUAAUAAGUUUAGGAGGUCAUCGUUAAUGGAGGAAAAUGGGAGUGUGAUUGUGGAUGAUGGUGGUAGUAAUGAUGGUGAUGAUAAGAGGAAAGCUAGGUUAAUGAGGAAUAGAGAGAGUGCACAGCUUUCUAGGCAGAGGAAGAAACAGUAUGUGGAGGAGCUUGAGGAUAAGCUUAGAUCAAUGCACUCGACGAUUACGGAUUUGAAUGGGAAGAUUUCGUAUAUGAUGGCGGAGAAUGCGACUUUGAGGCAACAAUUGACGGGUGUUGGGGCUUGUGGAGCUGCUCCACCGCCUCCUGGGAUGUAUCCGAUGGGUCCAAUGCCGUACCCAUGGAUGGCGUACCCGCCUUAUAUGGUUAAGCCGCAAGGCUCACAUGUUCCAUUGGUUCCGAUCCCUAGGUGGAAGCCUCAGCUGCCUGCACAGGCUCCUAAGGCUAGUAAGAGAUCGGAUAGUAAGAAGGGAGAGAGGAAGACGAAGAAGGUGGCGAGUGUGAGUUUUCUAGGGUUGUUAUUUUUCAUGUUGCUCUUUGGAGGGCUUGUGCCGUUAGUUAAUGUAAAGUAUGGUGGGGUUGGAAAUGGCUUUGAUGGUAUGCAAAGGGGAAGUGUGUUUAUGGUUGAUAAGCAUGUGGGGAAGUUUAGUAGUCAUGGAAGAAUACUUCAGCAGUCGAAUAGUUUGGAUGGGAUUGGUUCGACGGUGAAUUCUAGCGAGCCGCUGGUAGCUUCGUUGUAUGUUCCGAGGAAUGAUAAGCUGGUGAAGAUUGACGGGAACUUGAUUAUUCAUUCGGUUCUUGCCAGUGAGAAGGCUAUGGCAUCUCAAACAGCUGAGGGAGUUAAGCCUAGUGAAGAAACGGGCUUGGCCAUCCAUGGUAGUUAUCCACCUUAUCCUAUUCCUGGACCUGGGAGCAAUGAUUGGAGACACCCUCACCUUGACAGAAAUCAACAUGGAAGGCAAAGGGCUCUCACCUCUGGUUCAUCUGAUGAAUUUAAGCCAUCCGGAUCUGAUGGCAAGCUACAAGAGUGGUUCCGCGAGGGACUUGCAGGGCCAAUGUUGAGUUCUGGCAUGUGCACCGAAGUGUUCCAGUUUGAUGUCUCACCUACUCCAGGAGCAAUAGUUCCAGCUGCAUCCAUGGCUAAUAUUUCCUCAGAACACCGUCAGAAUUCUACUAGUCCUAACAAACCCAGGAAUAGAAGAAUUCUUCACGAACCUGCUAUUCCCCUGGAAGGCCAUAUAUUCAACGCUAGUGAAGAGCAUGUUCCACAUGAACAGAAUGGUGGACUUCAGGGAAACAAGUCCAGUUCUUCAAUGGUUGUCUCCGUUCUCGUUGAUCCAAGGGAAAUUGGUGAUGGUGAUGGUGAAGGCGUGAUUAGAUCAAAGACUGUGUCUCGGAUUUUUGUCGUUGUUCUCAUCGACAGUGUUAAGUAUGUUACUUACUCGUGCAUGCUUCCAUUUAUGGGUUCAGGCAAUCAUUUGGUGACAACCUGAGAAGUUCAGGGAACAAUAAGACGAGUGAUGGAACUAAAAGUAUCCAUCUCCACCACAGUUUUGUACAGUACUGAUACUUGUGUACUAAAUAUUCUAGCGACACGCUUAAUUACCCGGUCUUUAUGCUGCUAAGUAAUCUUUGUAAACUGGUUUCUUCUAAGAAAUCUUUGUAAACUGGAUUCUUCUUAUCUUCAUGUUGAGAUCUUGGUGUACUAACAGGUUUUCUGCGUUAACUUCUUGUAAGUUGUAACUUAUGAUAUAUAAAGCAUCAAUGUGAGGACUUGGCUGUACUAA